AUCGGAUCCUCCCGUCGCGCCCGCUUCGAGAACCGGUUCGCCUCUCGCACCACAAGACGAAGAAGGGCACGAGAGCCUUCGCCCUACGUUUAGGCGCCGUGAGGACUCCGCUUCCGCUUCCGCCCUCGCUUCUCGGCACGGUAAUCAACACGAGUACGUAAACACCGGAGAAGACGACGACUCCCCGGCUCCAGGAUGGCCGGCGUCACCGACGAGUGCAACAAAACGUACGCCAGGAUGGCCACGCGUUUAUGCGGCGGCGUCCUGCUAACGAAUCAACGACAAAAUCGCAUCUCGGCCGUAACAUCUGAUGUGCAUAUAAAUGUAUGUAUAUAGAUUCAUGCAAGGAGUCGGUGGGUUUGAAAUCCUGUUUCGGUCCGUCAUGAUUCGGCAGCUCGCUUGUACUUCUCCCAUGUCAUGUGUCCGCUUGGGCAUGGUGUUCUGGCAAAGCCGUAUGUACUUUUGUCUUGCUUCCCUCUGUCGAUGGAGGCUAAUCAUCACAAUCUUUCAUGGAACUUACAGCCUAAGUUUCAUGGUUCAGAAACGAUAUCCAAAGAUUUCUCACUCCCCACUUGUUGGUGUAAACAACUUCAAGCCGUGGUCUCGGGGCCGUCGCGGCUUGGUUCGGAUCCCGAUGAUAGGGGAUCUCCCUGGGACGUUUCUCGAGAUUGCUGAGGCGACCGAUUGCGUCGGUCCGAUUGGGACGGGGUCAUCAUUUUCAUCGAGGGAGGAUUCCUCGCCUGCGCGUUUAGUGAACGACCUCCGACUUCGUACCUGCACAAAGGUCGGGUCGGGGAGCUCGACCCGACCCAUUCGACGAUCAAGUUAGUAGAUAGUCGCAGAGGGUUUCUUUAGCUGAGUUGUGUCUUCUUUUCUUCUUCUCCCUUUUUCCCCUCGGAGCGCGAGGGUUUUUAUUAGUGAGAAUUACCGUUGCUUGAUUGCUGGCCCGCAAGGAGCAGGACCAUACUUCUGGUAGCGUCUGACAUUACCGUUGGUGUGGCGUGGGGGAUCGAGCCUGAGCAGAGUGUUAAUGUGCCUUGGUAGACGUUCCGGUCUGCUUUGACCAGGUGCCUCAUCAGAUCAACAGAAGCGUAAGGCAUCAUCUAGGACAACUGAUGUCACGUGAGUCUUAUCGUAAUUAUUACUCUCAUCACCACUGUUGUUCUUACUGAGCAUUAGAUUCUUUCCAACCCCAACCUAAAUUUUGUCUGUACCGCUGAAAAUUCUCCGACUCGCAAGGCUCUUCCGCGUCCUCUUCACGUUAGAUCGGCUAUCAAAUCCGCCAUGGCCAAGUGUUGGAGAAAGAACAUGAUUGGAACAGUCAACUCCGGUGCAUGUGAUGUAGGGUCUCCAAACAUGCUAAAAAUCUGUAUUCAAACGACCGAACUCCCACUUCUUUAUUCGAGCUUCGAUGCGUAUGAAGAAAACCCUGAGCUUUGCUCGGGACAUACGAGCAGACACCUGUGUUUGAGCUGGCUUCAUCUUUAUAUAAGCGCAGAAGCCGCUCCGUCAAAGCCUACACGAUGUGUUGCGUUGGUUGGCUGCUGAACGAGGAGGAUAUGGCUGAAACGAAGACGGAGAGGGAGGCCGAGUCGCCCAUGACUAGCAGAGGCCUGUCGAGGUGCCCCAGGAUUAUGGUGGAGAAGAGCCUCAGGGCCGCGGAAGCCGUCGAGCAAGCUCGGGACGACGACAACGGAGUUGUCCGCGUCAAGAUCGUCGUCACCAAGAGGCAACUGAGGCAGAUGGUGGCGUCGAUGGGCCAAGGCCCGUGCAACGCCGCCGGUCCCCAGGCCGCAACGGCGGCGGCGUCGGCGUCGAACCUGGAGCUGCUGCUGCACGUCCUCCGUCGACGGCAUAUGAAGCGAGCCGAGACGGGGAAGGGGAAGCGGCACGGAGGCGGGCGGUGGCGGCCGGCGCUCAAGAGCAUUCCUGAGGACAUCAUUCAAGACUAAUGGAAAGCCCUUCCUCGUCUUAUUCGUGAGCUUGUUCUAUACAUGUAUAGCUGUUUGAUUUCUGCUGCUUGCUUUAGCUUUACGGCCCAGCGGCGGCCAUUCUGACCAUUGCUGUUGCGCGUUUACUUCAUGUAAAAGAAGAUUACAAGCAAGUUUUGAAUAUUUUACUAAUACAUCAUAAAGAAAGAAAGAAAGAAAGAAAGAACAUAAAAGGAUCAUUGGAUCGGGAGGAACAUAACGAGUGAGUACAUAAGACACACAAGAAAUAUCGCGGAUGGAUGUCUGAUAGAGUUGACCGUCAACAGGAAGGGGACAGCUUGCAGACGGCGGAGGUGAGAUGCGAGAGAGUGCCGAAUGGGGAGAAAUUCUUUGGCGGAUCCAUCACAUCGAUUAUCGGAUCCUUUCAAUCAAAAUAUAGAAAGUCAACCAUCUCUGAUCUUUUCUUUUGAAUUUUUCAAGGUUUUUGGACUUUAUUAAAUUCAGAGAAAUUUGUUUUUUUUUAAUUAUUAUUUUUUAU